AUGAACAGUGCUCCUAAAAAAAAGUUGAUGCCGAAAUCGGCUUUGUUGGUAAGAAAGUACCAGAAACCUAUUCGAGCCAUUUUCAUCAGCUUCAUUGUUAUUUUAUGCGUUACGUUUGUAUUGCACACGCCAUCGCAACCUCGCGCGCACGAGCUUGGUAAAUUGGUUCAAACUUCGCAAAAACUCGAUACUAGACACUUGGUUCUGCCCGCCACAGAUAAAAUACAAGAUGUUCAUUAUCCAGUGAAUGAUGAAACUAAAGAAAGUGCAGCUAUGGUCACAUUGGCGAGAAAUCGGGACUUGUGGUCAUUGGCGAAAUCUGUUAGACACGUGGAGGACCGCUUCAAUCGCAGGUAUCACUACGAUUGGGUGUUUUUGAAUGAUGAACCUUUCUCUGAAGAAUUUCAACGUGUCAUGACAGCAUUGGUCUCCGGAACAGCUAAAUUUGGCUUGAUUCCAAAGGAUCAUUGGAACGUUCCGGAUUGGAUCGAUGAGAAAAAAGCCGCUGCUGCUCGUGAGAAAAUGGUUGAGUUCCAAAUUCCGUAUGCGGAUUCGGUUUCUUACAGAAACAUGUGUAGGUACGAAUCUGGGUUUUUCUGGAGGCAUCCGCUUUUGGACAGUUAUUCUUGGUACUGGAGGGUAGAACCCGACAUUGAACUGUUCUGUGACAUAAACUAUGAUGUGUUCAAAUUCAUGCGCGAAAACAAAAAGAAGUAUGGGUUCAUUUUGUCGAUCAGUGAGUAUGUCGAGACGAUUCCUACGCUUUGGAAUUCGGUCAAGGAGUUUAUGGCGAAGAACCCCAAACAUAUACACAAGAACAAUCUCAUGAAUUUCAUUAGCGACGACAAAGGUGAGACUUACAAUUUAUGUCAUUUCUGGUCCAAUUUCGAAAUCGCUUCACUUGAUUUCUGGAGGUCUCAAGCUUACAGAGAUUUUUUCGAUCAUCUGGACAAAACGGGUGGAUUUUAUUACGAGCGUUGGGGUGAUGCUCCUGUGCACAGUAUUGCUGCUGCUUUGAUGCUAGAUGAAAGCGAAUUGCAUUUUUUCGACGGUAUUGGGUAUUACCAUCCGGCUUACUUCUCCUGCCCGGUUGAAGAAAAGAUAAGACUGCAAAAUCAGUGCGUAUGCGACCCGGCUACUGAUCAAACUUGGAUGAACGGGUAUUUCUGUACCAGAAAGUUUUUUGAAGCCAGAAAACUCGCCUUACCAAAGGAAGUCGAGGCCAGGUAA